AUGAGGGCCAGACAGGUGAGCCUAGAACUGGGCCCAGCGCCCCACAGCAGAGCCCCUAUCUUUGUGCUCAGCUCCCUAGUGCCUGUAGUCUGGAGCCUCCAAAUGUCCCAAUUGGCUCUUGGGGAGCAAUGGACCUUCCAGGUCUCCCCGGGGUCCAGAGUCUCAGCCCUGGGGGGUGUCUCUGUCACUGAGACCUGGCUGCCCCAGACCCUCCGAGGGCUCCUACGCUGGGCGCAUGAGGAGCACGGCGGGGUCAGCUCCCUGGCUGCGUAUCGGGGCAUCAACACAGUCUAUGUGCAACUGGGAGAUGCCCCCAACCUCCUCAGCCCCUCUGCAUUCUCACUCCCAGAUGGGGUCUCGCCAGGUGCCUGCAAACCUCUCAGGAACUUCCUCUCCCCGACCCACUUCGCCUCUGACGUCCGACCACGGCCCUUGCGGGGCUGCCUGACCUCUGACCUCCCAUGGGACCCCGAAGUUCACGUCAUCUUCUCCAAAGGAGCCAGGCACCGGCCCCCAGCACAUCUCACUGUGGAACUCCAAGCGCCCCAAGGCUGCUGCUCCCCCCGGCGGGAGCUGAUCGUGGUGCUGAAGAGCGAGGGCGCCACCAGCUGGCUGGUCCGAAUCCACCACAUGGCUGGGCGCCUGCGAGUCCUGGCAUCCCACAAGGUCUCGGUCAGCUGCACAGAACCAGAACCAGACCUGGCUCUGAGCAGCAGCAUGUCCUUGGGCCUGGCCUAUGCCAGCAACCCCAUGGCCUGGACAAUGGAGCAGGGGCUGCCUGGGGUCACAUCUUACACGGAGGCUGAGCAGGUGAACAGGUUCCUGGUCAUCGUGGGGCUGGAUGGGGACCCCCAGGCUCCCCACCCCUCCAUUCCACCCCCCAGACCAGCCAAAAUCUCGCCAAUGGUCUGGGAAAGGAGCCGAGCGGCCCCGGGAGGCGGGAGCGCUGUGGGGCUGGCGGGAGCUCUGUCUGUGGCGUGUCUGAGCGAGAGGGUGGUUGCUCAUGUCAACAAGGACAUGCUCCAGGCUGCCAGACUCUCCCCAGACCGAGUGACCCUGCGGGACCCCAGCUGUGCAGCCCAGUCCAACGGCACCCACUUCCUGCUGGAGUCCCCCCUGGCCGGCUGUGGCGCCCUGCGCAUCCCAGCCCUAGGCCCCACUUCGGGCAUCGUGCGGUACCAGAAUGCGGUGGUGCUCCGGGGCAGCGGGCUAGGGGUAGCGCCUGGGGGUUCCCCACUCCCGGCGAGACAGGCUGAAGAUAGCUCGGAGUCCAUUGAGUUCUCCUGCUCCUCCCCAGGCCUGAGCCAGCCGUCCCGCUCUGCCAAGCCCAUCCCAGAUCUGCCUUUCCACCUGGGCCGUGUCCUGCUCAGCCUGGAGGUCUACAGCUCGGAGGCCUUCACCAAGGCCCAGGGACCCUGCACGGUGUCGGCCAACAGCCGCGUCUUUGUGGAAGCUGCUCUGGCUGCCUUCAACCCCUGGCUCAGCUUCAGCAUCCGCCUCUGCUUCCUCUCGCCGAGCUCCUCCUCCUUGCUGGACUCGCCCUACAUCCUGGUGCGGGGGGGCUGCCCGGCUCACCCCGACGUCUCCCUGCUCCCACCCCACAAGGGGGCUGCAGGCCAGGCAUCGCCCUCCAGCUCCCAGGAGCUACAGCGCCUCAGCUUCCUGCUCCGGCCCCUCUACAACGACUCUGUCCAAUUCCUGCACUGCUGCCUGGCCCUCUGCACCCAGGAGCCCCGGGGCCAGGCUGGAGCCUAUGGGGGCGCCCUCCCCAAGUGUGGGCCCCAGGCCAGGGCAUGCACCAGCAACAGCGUGGGGGAGCCGGGCAGUGGGCGGUUCCAGCACACCUUCACCAAGCCCAUCAUCGUAACGGUGGGGAGCCUGGGCAGAGCUACCAAACCCACCCCAGAAACAGAUCCCUUUCUGGUGCCCUUUCCUCUGGCUGGCAGGAGGGGGAAGGCGCUGAAGGGAGAGACACACCCUGCUCCCAUGCCCCAGGGCCUGGAGCUGCCCACUGUGAUGGGCAUCGUCUUCUCAGCUUUUGUCAUCGGUGUCUCUCUCACUGGGGGGCUCUGGCUCAUUCACUCCAGGACAGAUCCUGCUGAAGUACCACCUCCAAAUCCCUCAGCCCCAGCUGUGCCCCCUGCAUUGCUGGCGUCUGCUGCUGGUGCGGUCUGCACCCCCCUGGUCUAGGCGCUCAGAGACCCAGCUCACAGGGGCCUCCCUGUCCGUGCUCUUGGUGGGGCCAGUGCCAGCGUAUCCCCAUCACCACCUGCAGGCACCCGGCCCUGUGGCUCCCAGGAUCAGUAGCCAAUCGGACUCUGCUCAGCACAGCCAGGGUGGCCACUCGGGGAAGGGCCUCUCCACCUGGCCCGGAGGGCCCCCUCCCUGUGACCGGCGGGCAGCAGGCUUCGCCCAGGCCGGAAGGGGUCCUAUGACAGGCCCCAUGACAUUGGGACUGCGGCACCGGCUGGUUCUUUGCUGGCUGCAGCGAAUGUUCAUACUUUCUGGGUAUAAACGUGACCGUGGAGGAUG